AUGGGUUGGUUUUGGGGUGACAAUAAGAGCGACCCCGUCAAGAAGCUUGACCCAGGCCUCCGAGAGUUCCUCGAGCAGGAGACGCCUGAUCAAUAUGUGCCUGCGCCCGAUUUGAAGCAACCAGCACCUACACCCUCGCCCGCGCACUCCUCCGAACCACAGGAAGCCGGCGAGUCAUCGAAACCCAAAGUCCCCGCUGCAUCUCUCUACCAGGAUGGCCGCUAUGCCGAUCUGUGGAAGACCUACAACCCCCCGAGCAAUGUCGACAGCACUCCGGGAGUGCGCGGGGCGGAGCGAGUGAUUGAACAGUACAAGGAGCACGGGGAUACUGUGCAGCGAGCAGCGAUGGAGAAUUGUGCUCUGGAAAAUGAGGCCUUGGCCUUUUGCUUCCAGACUGGAAACUGGAAGAAGCAGAUUGAAUCCCGGUUGACGAUGUGCUCGGCGGAGAAUGCCACUUUCUCCCGAUGCUUCCAAACACAGACCAAAUUCCUUCAAGCGCUGGGCUAUGCUGCGGCCUUCGAUUACGAUCCCGAAAGGGAAGAGCGGAUUCAAAUGCACGCCGACACGCUGUACCACCAAAUGCUUGACUAUGAAAAGAAAGUAGCGGAGGCCAAGGCAGCGGGAAUUGAACCGCCUCCGCUCACCUCGCUCUUCAAUCCCGACAAGCCUCCUCGCGUCGAAGGGGUGGCUGGCACAAAGGUUGAGAUCCCUGGUGGUGAGGCCGUUCCAGCUGGUUUCAAGCCAUCCAAGCCCCUGAUCAAGCUCACACCUCAUGAACGUGAGCUGGAGAUUCGAACCCACAAUGCUCAACUGGAGCAGCAGAAGAUGUAUGUCGAAGAGGCCACUCCAUUCAUUAAGAGCCAGGCAGAUGCCCGGACGAAGAGACAGGAGAAGGCCGUUAGCUGGUUUGGAGAGACACUUGGGAAGUGGCUUUCAUAA